UUCCAGCACUACAAAACCCCCUCCGACUGCUGAGACGUCUUACAGUCACUGUCAUCACUCACAAACAAAACUCAGCCGGCAUAUCAAACAAGCACCACACAACAUUAGGAGUACAGUUGUUAUUCCGGUGGCAGUUGACUGAUCAGGCCCAAUGGCUCUGCUCAAAUCUGGCUGGCUCUGGAGACAGACUUCAGUCCUCAAACGCUGGAAGCUGAAUUGGUGUGACCUGUGGAUAGAUGGGAGCUUUGUUUUUUACCAAACUGAAUCCAGAAGAGACUACGAGGCCAAAGUGAAUCUGAAGGCCACCUGUGUGAAUGUGAAAUCUGGACUGGAGUGUCCAAAUGUAUGUCCACCUGAGAGUCACCCCCGAGAGAAUCUGCUGGUUGUUUUCCUGAGGGAUGGUAACAUGCUGAUCCUGUGUGCCAACAGUGAAGAUGAGGCACUGGCCUGGAAACUCACACUCAUGGAGGCAAAAAUAAAUCCUGUUCUCACAUACAAUCCUUAUGACGAUACAUACCAGACCAUUCCAAUUAACAGUCAUAAUGCGGUUUACAUCAUGCCAAGUACAGGUAGUGGAGGGACUCAGCAUGUCUGGGUACACAGAGACUCUUAUGAUGAUAGUUUCAGAGAGCAGAUUGCGUUGGGCCUCCUGGCUGGAAUGGCUGCAGGUGCAGCGAUGCGUUCACUUCUAUGGAUGCCCUUCUGGUUCUGCUGAGGACCGGUCAGAUAGCAGGAUGAUCACUGGAAAGAGUGAGAGAACAGACUGGAAGAGCCAUCCAAAAACCUCAGCCAUAGCAAAUGAUCUUGUUCCUGCAUAUAAAUAUGUAAAUAUGAGAAGAGCUGCAGCUGAUUUAAACUCAUGAAGUGGUCAAUCAGUGUGCAAAGGAGGGAUUCUUUUUUCAUUGUUUACAGUCUAAAGAAAACAGUCCACUUUUAGCUGCCCAAAUUUAUCAGGACAGGAUUUAGCAACAGAUUUUUCUGUAGAAUAUCAAUAUACAGUAUAUAUAAAACUGCAUAAUUCUGCACACAGCUAAAUAAUGAUUGCUUUUUCUUGCUGCUAUGAUUCUGCUCUUUGUAUAAUGUACAUGUAAAGCUUUGCAAACGUUCAGGAUUUUGUCGAUUAUGAUGUUAUUUUUCUCAGACAUAAGUUCUCCUAUCAUGAUUUCUAAAUAGCUCACUAAACACUAAAGCCCUGAAUUUAUUAUUUUCCAUUGCAUGAGGUUUGGGAGUGAUCAUCAGACCACUGAAUGCUCUUCAAAUAUGAGGAUCUUGAAAAAUCUUCUUCCAAGAGAAUAUGAUGCUAAAGUAACAAACGAAAGCUGAAUAUAUUGAUCGAGCCUUAGAAAUACAUCAAUAAUGAAGGCAGGAUUAUGAAAUCAGUUCUCAUGACUGACCAGUAGAGGCAGGCAGAGCAGCAUUUGAAUUUGGCCUGUUUAUGCACGACUAUGCUACCUUGCCAGUAGUUAUUAUAAACUUUAUAUUGUUGUACAACACUUAGGUUAAAAUAAAAUGCUGAUAUUACAUAUAAUCAUAUAAGAUGGCAUUUCAUUUUUUUCGUGUUUACAAUCAAAACUACUAAUGUCCUGAUUAACAAAGUUAUACAUUAUCCAUAAAAAUAAAAAAACACUGUUGCUAAAUACAAGAUUUUAUUAGGGACAUCUCAAGAUGCUGAUCAAUUUUAGCAGUGCAAAUAAUGAGCAUUGGUUUCAAGCAGUGUCGCCAGAUGAAACUGGUUAAAAUCCAUUUGAAAUGUAUGAGACCUUUUCAAGAAAACAACCAAACAAAAUACACAAAAUGCACUACAUCUUAAAAACGUUUAGAUCAGUCUGGGGACAAACUCAUCACUGUACAUUUAACAAAAAACAAACGUGGCAGGUGCUUUGGGCCAGAAUGUCUAAACGUCUCAGUCUACAACUUAUGAAAAAUCAAAC